ACCGCUGACUUAGCUGACGGUUUCAGGUACUAGCUCUUUCCUCCCGAUCAUGUCUUCUUCGUUCCACUUUGGCAAUGUUGCACCAGACGAUCAAAUCCUCAGCGACGUCAGGUCCUUCAACAAAUUCGAGGAUAAUGUGUUCAGUGAGCUUUUAGUAAUUAUCUUCGAUUUUCUAACAGCUCCUCGCGAAGGGGAGCGCUUUAUGAAUCGAGUGACCAAUUUCGCUGGGAAGCAGGGCAUUAGCGCAAACGCGCUCAAGAAUAUCAUGAAAAGCUUAUUGAGCUUUUUCAAAAGCGCUCUUAAGAGCAAUCUUACGCCAGCCCAUGUAAAGGAAGAUAUAGAGAAAAUGGGGUUAUCAGAAGAAAAGGCUACUGCAGUUGAGCAGAAGUGGAAAGUCAGUCUUGUAGGAUUAUCCCGGUCCGUAGUUGAUCAAACGUUUACUGUCAAUCAAUUGCUUGACAUGGAAUGGAAAUUUGGGGUAACCGCAAGCAGCAAUGAUAUGAAGGUUGUUGGACAAACAUUCCUGCAGCUGAAGCUAGUUGUGGACAAAGGUGGCAAACAUGAGAAUGUCUUCAUGGAAAUGACUCUUCCUCAAUUUUAUUCUUUUCUACAUGAAAUGGAGAAAGCUAAAUCAACAAUCGAGUACUUCAGUUAGGUAUGUUUCAAACUCUAUAUCAUGAAUGGACAGAUGAUGUUUUAGCAAAAAUUGUAAUGAUUGAUUCAAUGUACAAUUUGACAGAGAUCGAUGAAAAUGAAAGAAAUGAAAUAAAAAGUAAGAAAUCUAGAAAGCAAAUACAAGAGCAUAAGGCAGAUUUCUCUGAGAUAUUAUAUGCAAUUAAAUUUAGUGACUCUAUGACAGCAAAGUGGGUGUGUAGGGAGGGGUGGUUGCACGUCAAGUCUUACUCCAAGUAAUAUCCACAUUAGACAUCUACAGUAGAUGAAAAAUGUAUAGUGUACAUUUGCUAGGGAGUCCUUUAUUUUUUUGAUAAACUUUAUUGGUGUUUUUAAAUGGAUAGAGUAAGUGCAUCACACAAGUUUAUGAGAUACAGUACCUGAUAACAAUGCAUCUAUCCCUUUGAUUAUGAAGCUUGUCUAGACAAUUGUUAACUGUAGUGUAAAAAAGAAAAGAUAGAACAGCAAUGUUUUCUACUCUAAAUACUUCGGUGAAAAAAAAUGCCAGUUGAGUAAUUAUUUGUAACAUUCUAGGGUAGCAGUCUGGCGAAAUGUGAAUAAAAGUUACAGUAAUUACUA